AUGAUAACCUGGACUGAAGAUGCUCUCCGAACAUGUUUCCAGGCUUUCGUCUUAAUUUGUUACGCGCAAACACUCGCUUUAAGCGCUACCUGUGAAGAAGCGAAAAAGACCACAGACGUAGAACAGAGCAAAGACAAACGACAAACGCAAGAUGUUGGAUCACAUCACUACUAUUACAGGACUGCUAGAAAACAGGAGCCAGUCGCACCAGUUGAAGAACCACAAGAAGAUGAUAAGAACCCAAGAGACGAACAAUACCGCCCUGGACAAGUAUUCUCAGUAAACGCUCAAGAACUUCUAGAGCUUCAACCCCAGAGAAAAGCGCCAGUUGCAAGCGGGCAGCAACUUCAGCAUUUGUACCAUAAUCCGCAGCAGGAACAGAAACAGACUUUGCAGCAAUUUUAUUACGUCGAUCCUCAAGCACAGCGUCAGCAAUUACAACAAUUGCAGCAAGUAGCGCCACCAUCUCACGCAGUCAUCGCUAGACCCAACUACUCGUCGAAUGGUGGAGAGGCUUCCGUGGGUGCUGCUCUAUCAGUCAGUGACACGGGAUCGCACUCAGCUGAGGCGUAUGAUCAGGAUCUUCUAGCUCUACUAGGCCACUCGGUGCAGCGGCCUCAGGCUUAUGUUCACACGCAAGCACCGCUACUUACCCCGACACCAGCCCCACAAUAUCAACAGAUCGAACAAUACAUCACAAAACCAAGCAAGAAGCCAACUAAACUGCGUCCUAAGAUCCACGUUGCAGCACAAUCAACGAUCGCCCCUCAACAGUACUUGAUUGAGACAACAAAUGUGCAACAACAACCAUUGCAACAACAAUACCGACCCGUACAACAGAAUCCACGCGCGUCGCAGACUCUUCGCUACGUCACUUUACAACCACAAACGUUACAAGCUCAACAAGCGAUCCAACAACCAUUGUACGAACGACCAGAAGUUCAAGGCCUCAAAGUUGUACCAGCACCCAACCUCCAAAAUCUCAACCCGAACUUCCGUGUCCUGCAAUACCAGCAGGAAGCACCAAAACAAUUUAGAAUAUUAGACGCCACUCGGUACAGACAAGAACAACCUCGUGUGCUAAACGAGAGGCCGAUUGCGUAUCUCAAACAAUUCCCGGAGCCUGAAAAAGUACGCGCUCUACCCGAACAGAAUCUCCAAGAAAACCUAUCUAUCCAAAGACCGGUGCAGACGCAAUAUUACUACCGACCAGUUUUCAGGUCGAACGAUGGUAGAAGAUACGAAGUACCUAAAGAACAGCCUCGUGCUAUUGAAGCGACCAAGACCCCUCUGUCUGCGAUUUAUGUGAGCAAGAGCAUUACUCCGAAAAAGGCAAUCAGACCAGUCGUAAGGAUAGAGCAGUCUAAAGAUCAAUACAGAGAGCCUUAUAACAUCGCCCAAGCGUCGAGCUCUGAGCAAGUAAACGAACAGAGCCAUUUGGAGGAACAGCGGUCUCAGUUGCCACCUCCUAAAAAUAACAAAGCGUACACACCCGAAGAGUUUGCUGGGUUGAUAGCUGCUGGGUACGCUGUGACUCCAAUACCCGUCGGGCAACAUGACACGCAAGUGCCGCAGCAGGCUCAGUCCAGGUCGUUGGUGGAACCGGUUUACCACCGCCGAGCUUAUUACACUAGACGUAACCAGUAUCUUCCCUUGCGAGGAGAUGAUGCACCCUGA